UCGAUUAGUCUUCGUCACAAGUCGUCUUUCCAACGAUACUUAAUCGUUUGCCGGGUUUAAUGCACUUUGUUAUUGUUUUAAAUCAACGAAUAUUUCCGUCGGGCCCGUUGCUGCGCCAGUGAGAUUAUUGCGCCUCUUUUCGGCGAGGAAAUCAGCCGCAUUCCUGACUUAUGUAUGAAUCGACAAACCGUGUUAGUGAUCUUAACGACAGAAAACCAAAUGUCGGAUGAUUCUAUGGUGAAUCGUAUGCUGUACCAUAUUGUUGUUCUCGGCCAGCUAGAGAUAUCGUUCGGUUAAAGAAAGUUCCAUUGAUAUCGUUCGCGACAGAAUUUUUGGUAACAUACGUUAGUGCGUUCGCACGUGUUCGUAGGAUAUAUAUCUCCAGCGAACGCUACGGACCGUAAAGACUGCGACACUUUCUGGAAUAUAAGAUCUGAGAUUGUUCUUGGACGAUUGAGACUGCCGCGAACGGGUGAUCUUUAAUUGAUCGCGUUGGAUGACGAUCGAUAAAAAGUGAUUGGUGAAGUGCGUAAUAUAUCGAUGAACGUUUAACUUGAAUCGACUGGGCGAGACAAAAUUCGAGUAUAGACCGGUACUUUAACGAUACUGGCAUCUUUAAAAGUGAUCCAAGGAAAAGACGCCUCUCGAUGCCCGAGCGUGCUAAUGUUGUAUGAUAGCAUGCAGUUCGCAUAUCGUUACACGUGGAACCGAGAAAUCAUUGUAAAUUCCCAAAAACUGGUAAAAAGACGUUGAAUUCGAACUGCUCGCGUCCCUGUAGGUGGACUUGGUUGCUUCGCACAAACAAACAAAAAUUACACCGUGUUACCGUGCAUCAAGAACAAUUUUUCAAUCUAUAUUCUCCCCUACUUUUUUUCUUUUUUAAUAAGGGUUCACGCGAAAACACUUGCACGUGAUAAUGGCUGCUACAUGCUUUAGUGAGCCUUUCUCGGAUUGGCUAGAGGAAAAAAUUGAACUUCCCAUUUUUGAGGAAUUACCAGUCCCCGAGAAUGUACAUCUUAAACCACCAUCGUAUAACGAAGUCACGAAGAUUCCUCAACAAGAUCAUACCCAAACACUGUUACAAGAAUUCGAAACUGUUCUUGGAGAUGUGGAAGCUUGCCACCAAAUAGUCCCUUCAUCGAGUUCCACACUUACGCCUCCUCAAUCACCUCCACCACAUAAAUCGUUAAGCGUAGAUACCCAAUUACUCGUUACAUUGCAACCAGUACCGCCAUUAUAUUCUGAUCACCAAUCUACCUAUGGUGUGGUAGUAUUCGACGAAAAAUCAUAUGUCAACCAAGUACCUGUUCAAUGGAACUCAAAGAAUAUAUCAUUGGAUCCAUUAAACACAGAUGUUGCGCACGACUUAGCUGUGGUGGACGAGUAUGUACGUUUACACACGGAAGAUAUUCCACCAUCUAGCCCAUGUACCAGCUCUGGUGGUAGUUACACGUCAUCUGAAGAUUCCGUGGAUGAUCCAGAUUGGAUUUUGGAAUCUGGAAGGAAAUGUGCAUCGGCUAGAAAUCGCCAGAAGCCUUACUCCCGCCCAUCUGUCGAGGACAAGAAAGUACGGAAAAAGGAACAAAACAAAAACGCGGCAACACGUUACAGGCAGAAGAAAAAACAAGAAAUAAAAGAGAUACUGGGCGAAGAACGUGAGCUCGCUGAUCAUAACGAAAAAUUAAAAGAUCAAGUGAAAGAUUUGCAGCGAGAAAUUGGGUACUUAAAGGGCUUGAUGAGAGACUUAUUUAGAGCCAAGGGUCUGAUCAAAUAAAUAAUCCAUAUAUCAAGCGAUGUUAUGUUUAAUCGCGUUUAUUAAAUUUAUUAACUAUAUUUUUCCACACUAACUAUUUUACAAUGGUACUAAUAAUGUAUUGUAGUACAUAAACUUAAGAUAUUGAUUGUUACUCUCUUCUUCUUUUAUUUUUUUUAUUUUUUAACUAGCCACGUAUUUAAACGUAAAUCUAAAUUCUAUCACAGCUUCUUAGUAGGACUACAGAACUGUCAUCAUGUAAUCCAUUAAAUAUGCACCAUCUCCGGAUCGAAGAUUCGUUAAGAUUAGUAAAGGAAAUGCAUUAAAUAACGAGAGAAUUUGUGAAGUAUACAGCCCUAUGAAACUCUACCGAGUGGAAACUUGCUGUUACCGAGAAUUCUGCGAGUAAUCUAAUGCAUCUUAAUGAUAUAAAUAUUUUCAUUCCAACCAGUUCUAACCCAAAUAAGUUAUGAGUUUUCUUACAAGAAAUAUUGUAUUAGAAAAAUAAUAAAUGGUUAUUGUGUAAUAAACAUCGGCAAUAUUGUGUCGAAACUA